AUGUCGCCGUCCUCAGCGGCCCCGUCGCCGCCCUGCCGGCCCCGUCGCCGCCCUAGCGGCCCGGUAGCCGCUCUCAGCGGCCCCGUCGCCGCCCCUUCAUGGCCCCGUCACCGUCUCUACCAGCCCUUUCAACGCCGCCAGCAGCCCAGCAGCCGAGGCGCCAGCCAGCCGAGCCGCCGAGCCACCCAGCAGCCGAGGCGCCAGCCAGCCGAGCCUCCGAGCCGCCCAGCAGCCGAGCCGCCGAGCCGCCCUGCAGCCACGCCACCGAGCCACCAAGCAGCUGAGCUGCCGAGCCGCCCAGCAGCCGAGCCACCGAGCAGCCGAGCUGCCGAGCCGCCGAUCCCCCCAACCGCCGAGCCGCCCUUCCUUCCGGCGUGCCCCGACCCUACUUCCUUGGACUGUGCGAUAGGGCGGACGGACGAUCUCACCUCUGGUGUCUCUCAUGCCCCGCCUGCUACUGCUGACAGCACUGUUCGCUCACGCUGGGCCACGCGCGAUGCUGCUGCACAUCCUGCUGUGCGUCGCCACUUACCGACCACUGAGCGUGCGCCCUUUAGCCAGUACAAGCGUGCUACGACCUUGUUCGACGCUGUGGUUGCACGCUACUCCUCCCCUGCCACUGCUGCGCUUAGCCGCCUCAUGCUGCCGUACCUGUUCCCUGACCUUGCUGCCUUUCCCACAGUCGCUGACCUCAUUACCCACCUUUGCACUAGUGACACUCGCUACCGCGCUGCGCUUCCUGCUGAGGACCACUUCCUCUCAGUUUGCCCCACCACACUCACCGUUGACCUCCUCGAGGAGCGCCUCCUAGUAGCAGAGAAGAGCAUAGUCGCUGUAAGAGCCUCUCGUGGUGACCCUCGCACCCCCGUCUUUGAGGGGUGUUCUCCCUCCCCCCUCUUGCCCUCUGUUGCUUCUGCUGCUGCGGCCGACCUCGCUGGUUUCGAGUCGGUCGGCGCUGCGUCUGUUCCUAGCGGGAAGCGCCGCACUGGCAAGGGCAAGGGGGGCAAGGGCGCUGGGGGGGCCAAUGGGGGUGGUGGAGGUGGUGGUGGAGGCAGUGGAGGGGGUGGGGAUGGUGGUGGGAGUGGUUGCGGGGGUGGAGGUGUCGGUGGCAGCAGUGGAGGCGGAGGAGGCGGCGGGGGUGGCUGCGGAGAUAACUGCUGCAAUGGGAGCUAG